GCAAUCGAGAUUAUACAUAUAAAAGGAGUACCCCAUUUUCAUUUAUUUCUAUUUCUUAUUAUUUUACAACAUGUUUAUGACAACAAAAAUUGCCCUUGCCCUUGGAAGUUUAAUCGGUUUAGUUGCUGCUCAAUCCUCUUGUAGCCCCGAUACUGUAUCUUGUCAUUGGUCUGGAACUGUAGAUUCUUGUUGUUCUCCCAAGUAUGGUCUUGUCGUCCUUAAUCUUCAAUGGGUACCUGGGUAUGGCCCUAAUGAUGAAUUCACUCUCCACGGUCUCUGGCCCGAUAAAUGUGAUGGUACAUAUGCUCCUUCCAAUGGCUGUGAUUCAAGCAGGAACUUGAACAAUAUUGCUUCAAUUAUCAAAUCGGCGAAUGGCACGCUAUAUAACCGUAUGAAUACUUUUUGGCCUAGUUACAAAGGAGAUAACAAUGUCUUUUGGUCUCAUGAAUGGAAUAAGCAUGGUACCUGUGUAAGCACCCUUCGUCCCACUUGCUAUGGCGAUAAGUAUGUUAAAUAUCAAGAAAUUCCAGAGUAUUUCGAGAAAGCACUUGAUCUCCGUGAUGAAUAUGACGUCUAUGGUGCUCUCAGUUCAAAAGGUAUCAUCCCAGGCACUAAUCACAGUGCAAACGCCUUUGUUGAUGCCAUUCAAUCCCGUCUUGGUGUACAACCUAUGUUGAACUGUAGUCGAUCAGGCACAUUGACUAAUGUUUCUCUCUUUUUUAAUGUCCGUGGCCGUGAUAACUAUGUACUUACAAACAGUACUUCAAGGGGAUCAUGUUCUGGAAAUGUUCGCUUUCCAAAGAAAUACUAAUAAAACGUAUGUUUAUUUAAAAGUCAUAAUCAUCGUCUUCAUCCCUUGUACGCUUAACCGGUGG